ACUCAUCGAUAUGAUGAUACAUGUUUAGCUGCAUUGAGCCUCCCAUUAAGGGAUACCAAUAAAGUCGCCUAUAAAUCACGUUGAUUCCCAAUUUUCCCACCCAACAUUCUUUUCUGUACGUCUGGUUUCUAUCCUCACUCUUAACCCUGCAACACAUCCAUAUACAAAGUCUCCAUGCCGCUCGAACUCCACCCGAUAACUUCCAACGACACUCUCUCUUGGGUGCGCAUUCGCUCAGUCGCAUAUUACGGACCCACGCACGACCUUAUACAUAGUGGACCCGUCCGCGAAACUUCCAUCCGCAGCAUAGCUGAAGACAGAAAAUGUGAUCUCAAGAAGCCAAAUACAUGGCACUGGAAGAUUGUUGACACGAGCCUGGAUCCAAGCGAAGAUGACCCAAAAGACAAUGGCGGUAGAACAAUUGCGAUCGCGGUAUGGAGUAUGCACAAUGUGAAAAGGGACGGGAGCAAUGACUCGUUAUCCAUACCCGUAGAAAAGGCUGACGAUACUCCGGGAUUUAUACCACCAGAGGUCCGUCUCGACGCUCUAGGAUCGCUAUUAGACCCUCUUCGAGCUGCCCAAAAGGACAUCAUGGGUAAAUCAGAACAGUACUUCAUGCUGAACGUCUUUGCGACACAUCCGGAUCAUCAGGGCCGCGGAGCAGGCAGAUUACUGCUAGACUGGGGACUCAACAAGGCGGACAAGGAAGGCUUGGUGACUUAUCUGGCCGCCACGUCUACAGCGCGGCCGAUAUACGAGAAAAGAGGAUUCAAGUUGGUGAGAAUCACAGAGUGGGAUAGAGUACCAUGGGGUGGCCAGGGCAAAGAUUUGCAUGCGCAAAUGGUGCGUCAGCCAAGGUCAGACUGAAUAGCCUUGAGGCCUAUCCAAUUUUCACGCAGCUUUCCCUCCGUAUUUGAACGAGUUAGUCCGUACACUACGAGGUUUUAUUCCUUUGAACUCAGUUUAUUCCUGUCAGUGGUGCUACGCGUGGACGCCUUUCUGUAGGCCUAGAUUGCCAGUCCAGAUUUGAGAGCCUCGAACUUUUAUUAUUAGAAUUCCGUAGGUAGAUAGCUCAUUAACGAAAUAUAGUCCUGAGUUUUAAUGCACU